CGGAACGUGUCCGCCAUGACCCUGUUGCUGAUACUCCAACUGUUGACUCUCUGGCCUGCCUGUCAUUCGGACUUCACAGGAACCGCACCCCCAGCCUCAUACCCCCAGCCAUGGCUAGGGGCUAACCCUGCUGCAAUUGUAACUCCUGGAGUCAACGUGACCUUGAGGUGCCGCGCACCCCAACCUGCCCGGAGGUUUGCACUCUUCAGAACUGGUGUUGCUACCCCCCUGCACUUCCGGGACGUGUCCACGGAGCAGGCUGAGUUCUUCCUGGAGGAGGUGACUCCGGCCCAGGGGGGCAGCUAUUACUGCCGCUAUCGCAGGACAGACUGGGAACCGGGUGUCUGGUCCCGGUCCAGCAGUGUCCUGGAACUGCUGGUGACAGCUCAGCUGCCCAGGCCAUCACUGGUGGCACUGCCUGGGCCUGUGGUGGCCCCAGGAGCUAACGUAAGCCUGCGCUGUGCAGGCCGCAUGCCGGGCAUGAGUUUUGCGCUGUACCGUGUGGGCGUGGCGACCCCUCUGCAGUACAUCGACUCUGUGCAGCCCUGGGCUGACUUCCCUCUGAUCGGCGCCAGUGCCCCGGGCACCUACAGUUGCUAUUACCACACGCCCUCUGCCCCCUAUGUGCUGUCGCAGCGCAGCCAGCCACUGGUCAUCAGCUCCGAAGGCUCUGGCUCCUCAGACUAUACUCAGGGAAACCUUAUUCGUAUGGGGUUGGCCGGCCUGGUCCUCGUCUGCUUGGGCAUCUUAGUUGCUUUUGACCGGCAUAGCAGGAGAUCUGCUUUUGUUGGCCUCCUGCCCCAGCAAAACUGGAUGUAGCCACGUGGGAUGAGAAGAGAC